AUGCACGCCGAUAUGGCAAUAACUUCUGACAUCUACUUGCCGCUCCUCCCGCCAUCCGCAGAACUUGUCAGUAGGGUCACAGUGAACCCCAGUUUGGAUGAGGCAUGGACAAGCCGCUUCGGACAGCUGCACCAGCGCAACGAUUCUGUACCCACGGAGGAUAUGGUUGCGGCCGUCGCUGCCAGCAAGGCUGAAGCUGCUGGUAUUGGAGAUAUCAUCGAACAGAGAUUUACAGGAGGAUCGUCCUUAGAGGGGAGUAACGUUGACAGCAUCGUCAGCUCGCUCCGACGCUGGGCCACGUCGGGCACACAAGUCAAGGUGCACGUAAUGUGCCACGAUCUUCUUCCUGGAGUGGGGGACGAAAAUGCUCGAGCGCUGCUGGCUGGAACUGUACGGUGGUUCGAUGAAAAGCUCAACAUUCUCCUACAACCAGCUCGGCUGUUGGCCUACAAAAGGGAUGACGGAACUACGGUCAACAACCCUCACAAUCAGUUAGGCUGGGUGUAUAUUCGAUGCCAUCAGGUGGCUGCCAUCUCUGCCCUGACGGACGAGUAA